AUGAGCUCCCCAAGCUCCAAUCUGAAAGACAGCACGGAUGUUUGCCCAACAGUGAUGACUUCGGGCGACCUUUCUUUUCCGAUUAUAGACGGCAUUUCGUAUCUGGUCCAUCCACAGUCUCUGGCUAAAGUCGUUGAGCCAUCGGGCCAAACGAAUCCCAUCCCCGUUGUCGUGCUCACUAUUGGUGAUGCUACAGCUUCGGUUGACAAGGCUGUUGCACUAAUCAAUCGCUUUGCUGGCAUCGACGAUGUUUACUCUCAGUCUUUCGCACGCACUGUUGUUCUGCAGUCCAUCCAAGGCAGGAAUGGUGACGUGCACUUGGCCCAAUUCAAGGCGUCUGGUUGCUUCUCUGCUGUCUACCAUAUAGCUUCAACCUCUCCGACGAAAGCCCUUCCUCCCGGUCCAUAUUUCCUGUCCCAAGGCAAUGUUUGCCAAGCAUAUCGCUUGUAUGAAGAUGAACUGGACAGCUUCAUUUCUGGCGUCAUCCCCGACGACGUCUUGAGUCCAAAGAGGUACUCCUCUCUCACUUCCCUCGGUCAUAGCGGCCUCUGGAAGAAUAUUGCCGUUCCAAGUCGUCUUUACGCCAAACCAACCCCAGAAAAGCCUCUUGCUGGCGCGCGAAUGGGACUGAAGGAUAUCUUCCGUCUUCAGGGCACUCAGUUGACCAUGAUGAGCAGGCCGUGGACCGAGCUCUACGGUCCGGACGAAGAGAGCGCUGACUACACAAAGAAGCUCAUCGACCUCGGAGCAGUCAUCGUGGGCAAGACCAAAAUGACUUCUUUUGCAUCACCGGAGGAACCUACGGACCAAUGGGUUGACUUUCACUGCCCGGUCAAUCCGCGCGGAGAUCGCUAUCAGAGUCCGUCGAGCAGUUCGACAGGCGCCGGCACGUCUCUUGCCGGCUACGACUGGCUGGAUUUCUCCAUUGCCGGAGACUGUACGACCGUCCUUCACCCCUUGUCUCACAACACAUGCUGA